UCACAUAUGGACGCCCAACAAAGAGAAAAAACUAUUUACUUGACAAAACUUGCCGAACAGGCAGAACGUUAUAACGAAAUGGUAAAUGAGAUUCGCAAGGUCGCUUUGGAAGUUGGUCAAGACACACCAGAGCUAACCGUAGAAGAACGUAAUUUGUUAUCUGUUGCUUAUAAAAACGUGAUUGGUUCUCAAAGAGCUUCUUGGAGAAUAAUUUCGGCAGUUGAACAUAAGGAAGAGAAGAAAAAUAAUCAAACCCGCAUUAGUCUCUGUAAGGAAUAUCGAGAGAGUAUUGAAGUUGAAUUAGCAACUACUUGUAAGGAUGUGUUGAAAAUAGUGGAGGAACAUCUUAUUCCUAGUGCCAAAACUAGUGAAAGUAAAGUAUUCUAUCACAAAAUGAAGGGUGACUAUUUUAGGUACAUGGCAGAGUUCCUCAAUGAUGACGAUCGCAAAAAUGCAGCACAGAAUUCUCUGGAAGCUUAUAAGACGGCAUCCGAUGUUGCAAAUGUGGAAUUGCCCACUACUCAUCCUAUUCGUUUAGGUUUGGCUCUAAAUUUCUCCGUAUUUUACUAUGAAAUCCUUAAUUCACCUGACCGUGCCUGUCAGCUUGCAAAAAAGGCCUUUGAUGACGCUAUAGCAGAGUUAGAUACACUCUCUGAAGAAAAUUAUAAGGAUUCUACCCUAAUCAUGCAACUUUUACGCGAUAAUCUGACCUUGUGGACUUCAGAUAUGGGUGAUGAAGAGGAAGAUGGAAUACAAAAACAAUCAGCUCCUGUUGCGGAAGCAGAAAAGGAUAGUACGAAAUAGCCCGAGUAAUUAUAAUAUUGUGUUUAUUGUACGAGAAUAGAUUAGAUAUAACCUGACUAGCAAAGUUUCUAUUAUUGUCAUCUUGUGUUGUUUCAUUUUCUUGGUGAUGGCAUAAAUAACACUAUGUUUCUUUUGUUUUUUGUAGGGUUUUUUCCACAU